AUGGCGGAGCGGGCGGCGCGGCUUCACGAGGAGGCUGCGCAGGCGGUCGCGGGCUCCGCGCACCUGCCCGAGCGGCAGGAGGCGCUGGAGAGCUCCCUGAGACCUGAGGGCAUGCGAGCGACGGAGGAAAACGCGGAGAAGGAGAAGGCUGCGGCCCGACCCGGCGGGGGCCGGGCCGCGGGCGCCGCGGGCGCCGCGAGGGGGCCGCGGUGGGCCCCCGGCAUGCCGGCGCUGCUGCUCCCGCCCAUGUUCGCCUCGCACAUGCGGCCGCAGCAGGGCGCGGCGACGCGCCUGUGGGGACUGUGCGCGCCGGGGCUCGGGCCGGUCGGGGUGCAGUACGAGGGGGAGGAGGUCGCGGCGGCCGAGGUGGACGCGGUGUCCGGCCGCUGGGAGGCGCGGCUGCCGCCCCGGGAGGCCACGCUCCAGCCGGCGGUCAUCCGCGUCUACGCGGGGAACGCGACCUGA